GAAUAACUUCGAUGCCGUCAAACGACACAGCGUUUUAUGUAGAAACGUGAUAUCAACAUAAUCAGUCGGACAGUAAAACGGAAGAAUCUCAUCAUUCCGAGCAGUCCCUGAAAGCAACUAAAGCAACACCUCGCUUGCACGCGACCAAGCGUUACGUUCCAACUGCAACUCCUCCCAAGCGCGACGUUCGCGCAUCGUGAAACGAGCAAUACCAGCGCCGGGCGGCACAACCUGCUCAAUCAGGAACACUUUGACGCUUGCACUGCCGCCGACAGAGACACCCAGAAAAUACUGACACUCCAAGCGGCGAGAGGAAGACACCAUGAACCGCUUCAAGACCUCCAAAUUCAAAAACACCAUUCCGAAAAUCGCCAAGAAGGAUGGAUGGAUAAACAACAUCCGUGGCGGAUCUUUCACCUGCCAGGGAAACCAGAUCAAGGCGAGUGCCAAGCUGGUGGCCUUCAAUGCGGAGCAUGCUGGAGGCGGAAUGGUUGGCCUGACGUCUGUGAAACCUGCUGCGGAUGGACAAUGGCGCGUCACCCAGAUCUCCUGUCAUUCUGAUUUGGUGACCGACUUGGACUUUUCUCCAUUUGAUGAGAGUCUUCUGGCAACUUGCUCCGCGGAUGAAACGGUGAAGCUGUGGCAUUUGUCUGACCCAGAGCUGGGGCAGCCCCUGGCGCCCGAGCUCACUCUCAGACCUGGGUGGGGACUGCUGGAGCUGGUGCUCUUCCACCCGACCUCUUCCGGGCUGCUGGCCGUCGGCGCUGCCAAGUGCCCACUCAUUUGGGACACGGGACGUCAGGAUGCGCCGCUCGCAGUUCUGGAGGAGCACGCCGACCAGCUGCAGAGUCUGAGCUGGAAACAGGACGGUUCGCUGCUGGCUUCCACCUGCAAGGAUAAGCUGCUGCGAGUUUUUGACCCCAGAGCCCAGCUGAAACCAGUUCAGAGUGCCGACUGCCUUCAGAACAACAAAGACUCUCGCAUUCUGUGGGCCAAGGAUGACUUUCUGCUGACUACUGGCUUUGACCGGGUGCGUAACCGUGAGGUGAGGCUUUGGGACAGCCGGAACUUGACUUCUUCUGUGAGGUCUCAGACCUUUGGCACUUCCAGCGGGACGCUGAUUCCUCUUCUUGAUGCCGAUACUGGUCUGUUGGUGCUGGCUGGCAUGGGCGACACAGUGGCGGAUUGCUUCGAAGUGUCCACCUCGGAGCCCUUCCUCUCUCAAGUGAGCCACUGUCUGACUGAGAUGUCAAGCCGCGGCGUCGCCAUGGUACCCAAGCUGGCGUUGGACGUCAUGUCUUGCGAAGUAAUGCGAGUGCUCCAGCUGACCGACAACUACAUUGUGCCAAUCAGCUAUCAAGUGCCUCGCAAGAAUUCCGGCCAUGAAUUCCACGCUGACCUCUUCCCCGACACGGCAGGCGUUAGUCCGGCCAUGACCGCGGCGGAUUGGUGGCAGGGAGGGAACAAGCAGGUACAGAAAGUCAGCCUGCAUCCGGACAAGCAGCCCAAAGCUGCCACGGCUCCAUCAGACAAACCGACGCCGGCAAGGAAGGAUCUUAGCAGCGGCGAGAGCAAGGACGCGGCACGUGGUUGUUCCACCUCCAGCAGUCCUUUGAGCACUCCCACCAGCAGCGCCGCCGCAUCCCGCUCGCCCUCUUCCACUUCGGGUCUCUCCUCGGGCUUUCUCCCCUCGCCAAGUCCAGGCCAGGCAGCCAAGGCUUUCCAGACCUUCCUUGGACCAACCUCCAAGUUCCGGCACAUCCAGGGCGUCGUGCUGCACCGCGACACGCACAUCACCAACGUACGCGACCUCAACCUGACCACGCCGGGCGAGUGCGACGGCUUCUGCGCCAAUAGCCAGUACGCCGCCGUGCCCCUCGCCAUAGCCGGCGGCCAGAUUGCCAUCUUUACGCGCUCGCAGCCAGGCAAGCUGCCGGACGUCGCUCUGCCCACCAUUCAAAAUUCUGUCAAUGUGGCGGACCUUUGUUGGGACCCCUUUGACACGCAUCGACUCGCUGUGGCUGGUGAGGAUGCUAAAAUCCGAGUGUGGCAAGUACCAAAGGGCGGCCUCAAAGAGACUCUGACCGAUCCUGAACUCAUCCUGCAAGGCCACACUGAGAAAAUCUACUCCAUCAAGUUUCACCCUUUGGCCAGCGACCUGCUGGUGUCCUCAUCUUAUGACCUCACUGUGCGACUGUGGAACCUGGAAGAUGGCGAGCAGGUGCAGCUCCUCACCGGACACCGGGAUCAGGUGUUCUGCAUGGCUUGGAGCCCAGAUGGCAAGCAGCUGGUUACAGUGUGCAAAGAUGGCAAAAUUCGCGUUUACGACCCGCGCAAGUCGGAUGCGCCUGUGCAGGAGGGUCCAGGCCCUGACGGCCACAGAGGCGCUCGUGUGGUGUGGGUGUGUGAGGGCAAGUACCUGCUGGUGUCUGGAUUUAACAGCAGCAGCGAGCGAGCCCUCUACUUGUACUCCGCUGCUUCUCUUUCCUCCGGAGUGGUGGCCAGCGUCUGCGUGGAUGUCUCCCCCUCCACAUUGAUCCCUUUCUAUGACCAAGACACCGGAGUGGUGUUCCUCACUGGAAAGGGGGACACCCGGGUGCACAUUUAUGAGAUCGUCCCUGACGACCCCUAUUUUGAGGAGUGCAGCAGUUUUAAGAGUCCUGAGCCACACAAGGGCUUGGCCUUCCUCCCUAAGAGCGAGUGUAACGUGCGCGAGGUGGAGAUAGCGGUGGCCCUGAUGCUCACCAAGACCACCGUGGAGCCGGUGGUCUUCAAGAUGCCAAGAGUCAAGAAAGAGUUUUUCCAGGACGACUUGUACCCAGACACGCCGGCGUGCUGGGAGCCAGCGCUGAGCGCAUCAGCCUGGCUCAACAACGCCGACGGCCAGCACAGAAAGAUCAGCAUGAGGCCCGCUGACAUGACGCCAGUCAGCGAAGCCCCUAAAGAGGCCCCGGUGAGGAAGUACAUGCCCUCGACUUUCUACCUGGAGGAGAAGACUGACGAGCAGAAGAAAGAGGAGCUUCUGGAGGCCAUGGUUGCUAAGCUGGGAAACAUGGACGAUCCAUUGCCCCAGGAUUCCUUCGAGGGGGUUGAUGACGACGAGUGGGCAAAGUAUUUGGCGCAAGUCAUCGUGAUGGGCGUUCAGGUGGUGGGCCGUGCUUUCGCUCGGGCAUUACAGCAAGAAUAUGCAGCGAGUCAGGCGGCAGCACGGGCACGAAGCAGCGCUGGUCAGCAUUCUGCCGCUGCCACCAGCAUUUCUGGGAUGAGCUUACAAGAGGCUCAGCAGAUUCUCAACGUCUCCAAGCUUGAGCCAGGAGAAAUCCAGAAGAACUACGAACAUCUCUUCAAAGUCAACGACAAGUCUGUGGGCGGUUCAUUUUACUUACAGUCAAAAGUGGUGCGAGCUAAAGAGCGUCUAGAUGAGGAACUAAAUAUUGAAGCGCAAGAACAGCAACGGCAGCAACAAAAGCAUGAAUCGCAGCAAAACACGGAAACGUGAAGAAUGAAACCAAAACCACGUCACCCCUCCCUCCGCUUCCACUGUAAAUUAUACCCCAAUAAAAGUCACCCCUUCUUUA